AUGAAUAAACUCACAGCCAUUUUGGUCAUCGUUCUAGUUACUGGAUCACUGGGAGAACCCACAAAAAUUCGGAAUCCUGGAAGUCAAUCGAUAGACCUAGAAGUCAGCUGUAUCCCACACUUCUUCACUAAUUUGAGGCCGGUGAUGGAUUACAUUGCUGUCAACCAGAAUCGAUGGGAAACCUGUGAGGCGACUAAAGCAAACGACACCCAAAUCCAGCUUGCAUCCCUGCAAGAAUCUGUGACUAACGUAACGUCUUGUUUGGAGGCCAAGGACGGAAGACUGGAGAGGAUGGAGGAGUCUUUAAAGAAGCUAAUCUCGCAUGUUUCCGAGGAGAGACUCAGUAGAUUCGAAAAUAAGCAAUCCGCCCUAGAAAGUAAGCUGAUGAGCUUGGAUGGGCAAUUAACUGACAUAAUGCAUUCACUAAGCUUGAGUAUGAGUUUUCAGAAAGUCAAUUCUAGAUAUUUCUAUUUCAACCGAGAUAUUGAGAAAUCCUGGAGAGAUGCUGAAUUCUUCUGUGUAGAAAAGGGGGGACACUUGGCGACAUUUCAAAACGAAGCAGAGUUAAUGGCCAUUAGCGCAAAAGUCAAUCCCGAUGUCCGAUAUUGGCUAGGAGUUAACGACAGGGCCAAAAAGGGGAAUUUUGUAUAUCUGGACACUGGCAGGAAAGUUUCCUAUUUGAAGUGGUCUCCGGGUGAACCCGAUUAUUGGAACGAUAGACAGCACUGCGUUGUCUUCUAUCAGGGCGCCAUGAGGGUGAAUGAAUGUGAUAAUGAAAACCCUGUAAUUUGUCAAAUAGGAAACGACAUUUAG